GUUAAGUAGUAUUUAGAAAAUAAAUUUAGAGAUAGAAUGGAAAAGAGGACAAAGAUUUUAUUUGUUCCCAUAUGUCACAGAGCAGCAUACAAGUCUCGCCGCACAGGAGAAAGAGAAGGGCCAAGGGACAUGGGAGCCACAGCCACCAUACAGUUUGAAACGGAAAAGGAUCGUGAUGCCCAAGCAAUUUUUGAAAGGUCUUUGCAAGUUAAUAAGGAAACCAAAGGUCAAGCUGAUGACAAAAUCUACAGAGGAUUGAAUAACUACACACAGUUUUUUGAGAAGAAAGAUACAGCCCAGGGCAAUGCUGCAAGUGGAGGGGUGCGCAAAGGCCCAAUGAGAGCUCCUGACCAUCUCCGAGCAACUGUGAGAUGGGACUAUCAGCCAGACCUGUGCAAGGACUACAAGGAAACUGGGUUUUGUGGUUUUGGAGAUAGUUGCAAAUUUCUUCAUGACCGCACUGACUACAAACUAGGAUGGCAGCUAGAAGCUGAGGGUAACGCGAAGGCUGGAAAUGAUUCCGAUGAGAACUGGGAAAUUCCAAGUGAUGAUGAACACUUGCCAUUCAAGUGUUUCAUCUGCAGGGAGUCUUACACAGACCCCAUUGUCACCAAAUGCCAGCACUACUUUUGUGAGAAAUGUGCAUUAGAACAAUUCAAGAAGACUAAGAGAUGUUAUGUGUGUGGUCAGAAUACUGGUGGGAUCUUUAACCCAGCCACGAACAUCAUGGCAAGAUUAAACAAAGAAGAUGAUAGUGAUAGUGAUUGAUAAUGCAUAAUUUCCUGUGUUUUAUAUUUACUUAUUUACUUAUACUUUUUUUUAUAAUUAGUGUGAUAUACUUUCUCCCAGAUAGUUCUAAAGAUCUUUGCAGCAGUGAAGUAACUAUGAAGAAAGGAAAGUAGUACAAACUAAUCUGAGAUGUCCUGAAAUAAGUUAACUUUUUCUUUUUUACACUGAUCUUUUGAACUUAAACCUGAAUUCAGUAUGUAGCUCAUACUUGCUGUCAAAAUGAAAGAUGCAGUGCAAUUCUUCUUUACACUUUAAUAGACCUAAACCACUUGCAUUGAGAGUAUUAAAAAAAGGAACACAUAUGUAUUCCCUAUAGGAACAACAAAGUUUUAUUUGGUAUUGUGAAAGUGACCAUCUGAAAAUGUUCUUGUUCAUAAUCUGUUGUUGCUUUUUAACAAUGAAAGGGUUAAUCUAUUUCAGAAUGAUUAUGCCUAUUUUUGUAUGAUGGUCUUUAAAAUUUUAUAAAAUUCAUAAUUUGUACUUACAUUGUAUUAAAGGAAUAGCUCAA